GAGAGUUAAAAAGAAAGGCAGAAUAUUUAGCUCGUUUGACAUGCAGGCCACGGCAGUGUGGCAGCUCACAGCAACAGUUAGGAGAGAGAGAGAGAGAGAGAGAGAGAGGGAGGGAGAGGCAGAGACUCCCUCCCCCCAGCUCAGUGGAGAAUGUGUGUCUGGGACGGAUGGAAAGAGACGAAGCGAGCAGGCGGGCGUUCGUUAGUCAACUUCGACCGCUCUCUGCCAGACUUUCUCAAACACAUGAAGGGAGAGCGUCUGAAAAAGGCACCGGGGGCGGAAGAAAAGGAGGCGAAGCAACAGAACCUGUGAAGGAACACGUCAGCCGGAGGCGCUCCAAGCAGAGGAGUUUGAGGAGAGCGAGACGGACGGCAGGAGCAAGCUCACGCACCCUUCCGCGGGCCGAAAGAAUCUGAGGUCGCUCGGUCUCCUGGCUGGAUUACGUCAGUCUUGUAUUUAUUCUUUUUUUUUUUUUUUUUUUUUUUACUCAGUCAUCCUGACGACCCCUCGCCCCCGCCCUCCCCCCCAGCCCCCCCGCUCAGGAGCACGGAGGGCUGGCUGGGUUCGGUUACACAGCAGCAGAAGCCUGGAAUGCUGAAGAAGACUGCAAAUCUCACUCACGUUGCUCUCUCUUUGUCUCAUGCUGCACAUGUUGUUUUAAAAAAAAAAGAAAAAGCCCAUCCCAGCCUGGAGGAGCACAGUGGCAGAAGAAAGAGAGGAAGUGAGAGAGAGAGUGCGAAAGAGCGACGGAGAGAGAAUUUGCCUGCAGUGUGUUCGGGGGUUGGAUUUAUUUGGAAAAGUCCGUUAUUGAUAAGCUUUGUUUUUUUGGCUGGCUCUUCUGCCUAUCUACAGCUCUCCCCCUCUCUCUCCCCCUCUUUCUCUCUCUCUGCUCUGUCUCUCUCUCUCUCUCUCUCUCUCUCUUGCUUCUUCUCCCGCUCUCUGUCAGCCUGGCUGCCCAGUGUUUUGCUGCCCUUUCGAGGGGGAGGUGUUUGGCCCAAGAGAGGCAGGUCCGGGUUGUGAAGAAGAGGGAAAUGUUAAAAUCUCACUCGCAGUUGGAGUGUCAGCUCUCUUCCUGGAACGGCGUUUGGUGACGUGAGCCUCGGUCCCCUGUGGUUGUUACUCCUGAAUAGGACCGGCAUUACCUCACCCCAGAAGAGAUCUUUUGUGAUGUGGACCUGACUAUGACUUUGGCUGCAGGACCAGCGCAGUUUUUCAUUUUUCUCCCUCUCUAUUUCUAAAGACGAUUUGUGGAGUGCUUAGUUGGGGAUUAUCUUCCUCCUGUGAACGUUAUCCAGUUAUUUUUAUUUUUUUUAUUUUUAACGAGCAAAAUCCACUUCACUCAUCCGCACUCGUCGUUCUCGCUGGCUGCACCUCUCCUCCUCUCUCCCUCUCUGUGCUGCUCGUUCGUCCAGCCCUCUCGCAUGUUUUUUUUUUUUUUUUUGGGAAAGGAAACCGGCAUGAUUGGAGAACUUCCUGUGUUUUAAUACCCGAGCAGGAAGCAGAACAAACGGAGCUGGAUUCAAACAAAAACAGAAGGGGAGAGAGAAAGAGAGCGAGGGCGAGCGAGGAAGGGGGGCAGUGCGCGAGCGAGAGAGGAAAAGUGGGAGAUUUUUUUAGCAGCUGCAAACCAUUUCAGCUCUUUAGUAGCUUGAGAACAGAGGCGCAGAGCGAGGGAGACGGCGAGAGAAAGAGAAGCUGUGAAAGAGAAGAGCCAAGAGGAGAGCGCUGAAGUAGUGUGGAGCUUUGUUGUGCCCUCGUGUGAGGAGGACGGGGGAGAGGGAGAGGGAGAGGGAGAGGGAGCGACAGAGAGAGAGAGCGUGUUCGGGGACCGUCUGGGUGCCGAGCGACCGCGGGGCAGCAUUCGGGCUGAGGCUCUGAGGCUCUGUCUGGGUCUCGGCCCCCCAUCCCACUCCCCGCUCUGCCUGGCUGGACGCCCCUCUAGCUCUGCUGCAAUGUAAACCCCUUUACCCCUGCUCUCGUCUCCUCUCCCGGACACCGCUGCUUUGUGGACACUUUGGACUGUUUCUUUUCCCCCGGAGGAGCAUGGGAUGAGGAAGGGGUGAAGGGAAGGAGGAACAAAAAGCUGGCCGUCCUGCUCCAGAGGAAAAGGAUCUACAUUUCUUUGAGUGCCUUUUUUGUUUUUAAUCGCACAAUUUAAAGAAAAAUUCUGAUUGGGGAUCAGAUUUCGCUUUUGGGACUCCCCCUGCAGCUCGAGGCAGAGUGCCGAAGGAGCGGAGAGGACGAUCAUGAGGAUGAUGAAGAGCCGUUGCAGACACAGGGGAGGACUCUGCUUAGAAACAGCCCCCACGCGUGCUGUGCAAUGGGAGUGAAAGAGAGAAAGAGAGCCAGAAGGAGAAGAGCGGCCGCAGAGGGGAUGCUGUCUGGACCAAUGAGGGCAGUGAGUGGAACGCAGUGCUCUGUCAGAGACUGAUAUCAAUGCUGUAGUUGCUCCUGUUUAUUUGAAAGACUCCUGACGCGUAGUUCUUUUAAACCACUGUUUUCUUCCGAAGAAAACUGGCAAUAUCUUUAUUAUUUUCGCAUUGGUUUUCUACAUAUAUUGCAUCAGCUUGCAUUUUUUGAUGUCAGCAGAAACAAUGGCAAACGAGAGUUAAGAAAAAGAAGAAAUUGAAGAAGAGGGAGAAAGCGUGCUAUACCCCUGAACUAUACAUUCUCCAGCCCCCCACCUCAACCUCUUUUAGGCUUUUUUUCAUAAAACUGAAGACUGGUGUUCGCACCUUAAAAGGAGACUAGCACUGCUUUGGCUGCCUUUCCCUCAGACAGUUGAAGUUGCUCAACCCCUUUGUGCUUCUCCUGUUGUGGGAGAGUGAGGGACAGAGGCACGGAAGGAAGUGUUCUGGCAGCGAGGGAGAGUUAGGGAAAUGGAGUCGGGGGGUGUGGAGGUCUCCUGGAGCUCGUUUUGUAGACAGAAUGAAAGUGGGGUUUUGCCGACACCCUCACCUCUUCCUGCACAUCUUGGUGAACUACUCGACCGUUCCUUUCCCCCCUCCUUUCUGAUUAAUUGUCGCAACAGACUCUAUGUCACUCCCUAGCCUCUGAGAAAAGAAAAAUGACACAAAUUGAAUAAUGUGACUGCAAUUGUCAAUCUCUGGUUUACAUUUAUGCUUCCUGUGGAUUUUUAUAAAACAAUUUUGUUCUUGAUCACGUACAUUUGACUUGUUUCAUUUGGGAGAUCUCAGGACUGAGCUUGCAGUGAUCUGAAGCUGCCGGUCUGACCUACAGAUUUGGACCAGCCGUGGCCACAGGCCCUCGUCUUACUGAGGGACACUUCAGCUCUCUUUUUGGUUUGGGUGGGGGUGGGUGGCAAUGGGGAAGCCCCUGAGCCGCCCGGACUGCCUGCGGCAGAACCCCCGGUGCCUGGGCAAGGGCGAGGAUGAGGAGGGGUACAUUGAAGACUGCUACGUCCCGCAGCGCUCUAUUUACGACACCAUGCGCAUCAACGAGCAGAUCGACCAGGGCUCCAAGCUCAGCCAGCCGUCUCGCAGCACGCUGGGGUCCGGGGGAGGAGAAGGCAGCACCCUCUCCAGCAACGGCACCCUCGGGGCAGAUGUUGGGGGCGUGUUCGUGGCCCGUCCUGGCGAUGGUAUUCGGAAGCUGGACGAAAGGGUGAUCUUCGACGCCCUGAAACUCACUGGCGAGCCCCAGAGCAAGCUUCCCGCAGCGGUGGUGGGCGCUACCUCAGCCAUUAUGCCCUCCUCUUCUGCCUCUGGGGGAGCUGCUGCUGUGACCAAGAGGCGCCACCAGGGCGGCGACAGGAAGGACAACCCCAACCGGCGCUCCUGGAAGGCCUUCAUGCCCCCCACCUACCCUGAGUUUGCUGAGCGCCUGGAGCUGUCUCCUGGAGACUCUGCAGAGAAGCGACUGUCGGGGGCGGGGAUCCCUGUCUCUCCUCUCCAACCUCUGCCCUCUCUCCUGCCCCCACCACCUCCCUCCUCCACCCCUCCUCUUCCUCCAUCCUACUCUGCAUCACCUGUCUCUUCAGGGGGUGCCCGUACUCCCCCCGUCUCCUCCUCCCCAUCCCAAAUACUCACCCCCCUCCCUCCUUCCCAGCAUCACCCCCUCAGACAAAAGCAGCUCCCCCCACCUCACCCCCUGCUCCUGAAACAGCACAAGCAGACAUCCGCUCUUCCCUCCCCAUCCAAAGAACAACCUCCCCACCUGAAGCCUGCCCUCACCCUGGUCCAGCAAGGGUCAACAGCCCCCUCAGCACAGUCGGGAUGUCUCGAGAGAAGCAGAGAGAAGGACCGAUGAGAAGAGGGGGCUUGCAGUUCCCCCCACUAUUGAUAUCAAAUAUCCACCUCCAGAGCAUUCCAAAGACUGUGAAAUCACAGCAACCGAGGGUGCAGAUGCUCAGGAGAAUGAACCCCACUCUAUGGAGCAGGAUCAAGACACCACCCCUCUUUUACCCUCAUUAGUGUCCCCCAAACCUGUGUUCUGUCCCCCAACCAAGGCCCGUACCUGGCCUCGCAGCAUGAGAGGGGGCAGAAGGUCAUUGAGCCUGGGGGGCGGCAUGCUCCCCAACCUCCCUGCCCUGCCCCCUUUGCCCCCCCUACUUGGAGAGGACAGCGACUUGGAUGAGGAGUCACUGUACCUGCUGGACCCCCCCUCACCUUUC